GUGUCUGGUGCAGACUUACUACUCAAUUUCAUUCAAAAUCUGUCAAGUAUUACAUAAAGUGCCAUAGAAUGUUCGGAUUUAAAUUUUUUCUUACCUUACUUCUUCUUGGAAAGUCAACAUUUGGCAACCCGAUCUUGAUAGAAAUCAGUGACGAAGGAUCUGGAUACGGUUCAGGCGAUGCCAAAUUAGAAUUUGGAGAAGGUAGCGGCGAAGGAAGUGGUGAAAUUUUAGAUGUUUUGGGUGAAAAUAAGACCUCGUUACUGUCAGCGGAUCAAAAAUUCGUUCAAUUAGUGCAACAAAAUUACUCAGAUAAUAAUUUAUUGAUGAAAAUCGAUGAAGAUGCAUUUGUAGCUGUUAGUCAAAAGUUAAACGAAAGUGAAUUAUCGAGUGAUUUUGAUGAAAAAUUAACAGAUUUUAAGACUGUAACACAAAAAAUUGAACAAUAUGUGAACCGAAAUGGAGAAAAAGCUGCUAAAAAAUCUAAAGAACACAAUUUAUCAACAAUUUUUGGUGAAAAUUACAUUACUACAGAACCCACAGAACAAGAAAUCGAUCAACUUUUAAAUCAAAAUGAAAUCCAAGACGACUCUCUGAACGAAAUCGAUGUCCAAGACACAAAUUUGAAUGAAAUUGAAACAAGUCUCAACAUUUAUUCAGAAGAAAUGGAUCACACAACGAUCAAUCCUUUCAUCGUUGAUCAUUUAACGCCGUUCAACGUUCUUUCUUCCAACGAUACAUUACCUUCAGAAGCUUUCCACACAAUUUAUUACGAAAAAGACACCGCUGAAGACAAAAUUCAUGACGUCAUAUUCCACUCAUCUACUAAAAAAUCGAAAUCAAAGGACAAAGCCGCACGCAAAGCAGGAAAAAAAGAAGCGAAAAAAUCAAAAAAGGCUAAAAAACGUAACAAGAAAGUACAAAAUUUGGAAACAACCAUCGAUCCAUUUGCAAGUGCUGAGGAGUUAACAUCUCCUUCUCCUAAAAAUAAUCCACUGGAAUACGGGUUUGAGGUUGUCGACUAUAAAUUUGACGUUGACGAGGUUUUAAAAGAGGAAAACGAAAAGUUGAACGAAAUAACUGACGAAUUUUAAGUAAAUUAAAGCAUUGAUUCCUUAAAGCUAGAUCAAAAAACCAAAAUUAUUCUCUAAAUAUUCAUAAUUUUUAUUUUGUUUCUUCUUUUUUAUUAUAUUAUAUAUUUAUAGUA